UAGCAUUUUGAAAUGAAUUAAUAUCCACUUACAGGACUGAGACACUAAACCCAGGGGUUGAGAAGGAUCACUUUCCUCUCCACCCAAACUCGCACAGAGGAUCCACUGCGACUGACCGCGACGGCGAGCGAGUGCGAACGCGACGGCGAGUGAGUGCAAACAACGGCGUGGGUGGGACGGACGGUGGCGCGACGCGGUUGAGAAGAAGUAACGAAGAAGGGGCUGAAUAGGAACAAGAGUGAAUCCUAAUCCCUUAAUCGCUGAAAUGGAAUCUGAUGCACCGGCAUGUGGAGACAAACUCGUACUUAGGGGAUUGUCAUUCUAUGGUUUUCAUGGAGCAAAACCAGAAGAAAGGAAACUGGGCCAGAAGUUUGUGGUAGAUAUAGAUGCUUGGAUGGAUCUCGCAACUGCUGGCAAAACUGAUCACUUGUCAGAUACAGUUAGUUACACAGCAAUAUAUGAUGUAGCUAAGGAAGUUCUUGAAGGGUCACCUCACAACCUUCUGGAAUCAGUGGCCCAAAAAAUUGCAAUAACUACUCUGACAAAUCAUAAAGAAAUUUUUGCUGUUCGAGUGAAGGUUGGGAAGCCUCAUGUGGCGGUUCAAGGUCCUGUUGAUUACUUAGGCGUUGAGAUUCAUAGACGAAGAAGCGAUUUAUCAGGCUAAAGUUUUAUGUUUGUUUUGGUUCCACUCUCAUUUACUGCUGCGGAGUUUUUAUAUUUUCAAGAUCCAUUUGAUGCAAAAGUAAUAUAACUCUUUUCCCUUGGCCAUUGAUUUUUUUCUCUAUCAUCAGUCAGUCUUGCUGAUAAAAUUAGAAGUUAAAAAGUUAGGCAUACGAAAUAAACUAUAAAGAUAAUUUGGUGUCUCCAAAACAAAAAGACACUGCAGAGAGUUAUUGAUAGAGUUGCUUAAGUAUAGUCAUCAUUCAUGUUUGGUAUGACAGGAAGAAAUGCUCAUAAUAGUUUCUCUAUUUUCAUCCUGUUUAGUAACGUGCUGGGGGCUGGCUGUAAUAUGUGUAUCAUCUAACAAUUGUCAUGCCCUGGUUGUAUCUGCCUCCAGCCAAGGUUUGGAGCAAAUUAGGCUGAAGCAGUUAUUGGUGACCAGAUCCUUAUUUGGACCACCCAUGUGAAGUGCUCCUUUAUCUGCAUUAUUGUGUAGAGAAGAGAGUUGUAUAACUGUAUAUUGUUUCUAUUAACCACAUGAAGUGGCUAAGAAUCUAGAGUAUAGCACUCCAUCCCUUUUAUAUA